CCGGCCUCGCCCAGCAUCCAUGGGGGAGAAGCAGGUCCUGUGCGUCGGCCUCGUGUGCCUGGAUAUCAUCAGCGUGGUGGAUAGCUACCCGGCGGAGGACACGGACACCAGGUGUCUGUCGCAGCGCUGGCAGCGAGGGGGGAACGCCUCCAACACCUGCACGGUCUUGUCUCUGCUUGGGGCACCCUGUGCUUUUAUGGGCUCACUGGCUCCAGGCCAUGCUGCAAACUUUGUCCGUGACGAUUUCCAGCGCUACAAGGUGGACCUUGCCCACGUGGCCGAGCACCUGGCAUGUGCGUUGCCCAUCUCGAUGGUGAUCAGCAACAUGACGGCAGGCACCCGCACCAUCCUGCACGCCGCUAGCAACCUGCCAGAUGUGACGGAUGCUGAUUUUGAGCAGGUUGACCUGUCUCAAUACAAGUGGGUUCACUGGGAGGGCAGGAACGCCUCUGAACAGGUGAAGAUGCUGCGACGGGUAGAGGAGUAUAACCAAACCUGCUCUGAAUCUCAACGAGUGGCCACGUCUGUGGAGGUGGAGAAGCCACGGCAAGAACUAUACCAGCUCUUUGGCUAUGGAGAUGUGGUGUUUGUCAGCAAGGAUGUGGCUAAAGAUUUUGGUUUCUGCUCUGCUGCUGAAGCUGUGAAAGGGCUGUACAGGCGUGUGAAAGCAGGGGCCACCUUGAUUUGUGCUUGGGCUGAGAAUGGAGCCGAUGCGAUGGGACCAGAUGGGCAACUGGUCCACUCAGACGCCUUCGUCCCCGACACUGUCGUGGACACGCUGGGGGCUGGAGACACGUUCAACGCUGCUGUUAUCCUUUCCCUAAGCAGGGGGAGACCCCUUCAUGAGGCCAUCACCUAUGGGUGCCAGGUGGCUGGCCGGAAGUGUGGGGUGCACGGCUAUGAUGGGAUCGUGUGAACUGCAUUCUGGAA